AUGACUAAGGAACAAACUGGACGUAAGAAACUUAUCAUCAAUGCAUUUGAUAUGGGCUGUAUUGGAUUGCAAAAUCCGGGAUUGUGGACGCAUCCGGAUGAUCAUAAAGCUUCUGGUUAUAAAUCAAUUGAUUACUGGGUUAAUUUAGCUAAGUUAUUGGAGAAAGGUAAAUUCAAUGCAGUAUUUUUGGCGGAUGUUUUAGGAGGUUAUGAUGUCUACAAUGGCCCUAAGAACAUAGCACCGGCAGCAAGAUCGGCUGCCCAAUGGCCGGUAAAUGAACCAAGUGCCGUUGUAGCUGCGAUGGCUGCUGUGACAAAGCAUCUUUCAUUUGGAAUCACAUUCAGCACAAUCAGUGAAGAGCCAUUCCAUUUGGCCAGAAGGCUUGCUACAUUGGACCAUUUGACGAAUGGAAGAGUGGGGUGGAAUGUUGUGUCUUCUUACUUGGACAGUGCAGCAAGAAAUCUCUUGAAUGAUCAGCCUUUACCAGAACAUGACGAAAGAUAUGUUAGAGCUGCCGAAUAUAUCCAAGUCGUUUAUGAAUUAUUCUUAUCAUCAUGGAGAGAUGAUGCGGUCUUGAAUGAUAAAAAGAAGAGAAUUUACGCCGAUCCAGAAAGAAUAAGGGAAAUUAAUUACGUUGGAAAGUAUUUUAAAGUGCCUGGUCCUAACAUAACUGAGCCAACGCCUCAAAGAUUACCAGUUAUUUUACAAGCAGGGACUUCUAAGGCAGGAAAGGAAUUUGCUGCCAAAAAUGCAGAAGCUAUUUUUAUCACCACUUUUACACCUGAAGCUUUAAAAAUUCAAAUCGAUGAUAUAAAAAAGCUAGCAAAAGAGAAAUUCAACAGAGAGGAAGGUUCUAUUAAAUUUCUUCAGCUAGUUACCGUAGUCAUAGGAAGCACUUUUGAAGAAGCAGAAUCGAAGUACAAGGACUAUCGCAACCAUGGCGACUUAGAGGGUGCCCAAGCGUUAUUUAGUGGCUGGACAGGAAUUGAUAUAGGUCAGUUUAAAGAAGAUGAUGAAUUGAGAGAUGUUGGCUCCAAUGCAGUCAAAGGCUUUGUUAGUAACUGGACUAAAAUUGCUCCAGGAGAACCAAAAGACUUGAAGAAGACCAGAAAAUAUGUUGCUGAACAGAUAACGGUUGGAGGAUUAGGGCCUGUCUUCUAUGGAACUGCAAAGCAGGUAGCCGAUGAAAUUGAGAAAUGGGUUGAUAUUUCAGGUGUUGAUGGAUUUAAUUUCACAUAUGCCGUAUCUCCUGGUAGUUUCGAAGAGAUUGUUGAAUACUUGAUUCCUGAGUUACAAACCAGAGGAUUAGUAUGGGAUGACUAUCCUGAAAGCCGCGAUGAGAAUAAUACUCAACUCUCAUUCAGGGAGCAAUUGUUUGGAAUAACUAGAGACGAUCCAAAGUUUUUACUUCCUUCACAUCCAGCGCAUAAGCUAAGAUGGACACCUCGUCAUUCAAAGGAUGAUUUUGAAAAAUAUAUAGCUUCCUUGGAAAAUGAAUAA